AUGGGCAAUUCGAUCAAUGCCACUUCUUUGUACAAUCCACCCACCAGGUUGGCAUCACCUAAAUGGGGAAGGAUUCCUGUACACCUACUCUCCUCCGGUGCACAGUUCACCGCACAAGUCCGAUAUUAUUCCCGUGCCCGUAAUGACCACCCGUCUGUUGCAGACUCCCAUCGGACAGACCCGGAUAUGGAAAUAAACGACUCAAACAAGAUCUCCCUUUCCACCGCCUCUGAUCCAGACUUGCCUCACCUCAACAGCUCGCAGCACGUGCACAUGACCAAGAUCGCCGAGAAGCCGGUGACGAAACGUCAAGCCACGGCUACUUGUGUGGUGCAAUUCUCCAACCCGCGGCCGUGGGAGAUACUACGAGAGGGCCGUGGGACCAAGAAGGGAGACGUGUUCAGUGUCGCCCGCAUCGCCGGCAUUAUGGCUGCCAAGAAAACCCCGGAUCUGGUCCCCCUCUGUCACCCGGGGAUUGGCAUCACGGGCGUCGAGGUAGAUGUGAGGUUACUGGACCCUGAUGCUGCGGACGCGCGUGCUUCGGACGGCUCGAUGGGCCAUGGGGCGAUGCACGUCACGGCUACCGUGAGCUGCCUGGGACGAACGGGGGUCGAGAUGGAAGCGAUGACUGCUACGAUGGGAGCGGCCCUGACGGUGUACGAUAUGCUGAAAGCGGUGGAUAAGGGAAUGGUGAUUGGUGGCGUGAAGCUGCUGGAGAAGAAGGGGGGUAAAAGUGGGCAUUGGGUUCGCCACGCAGUGGUCAAAGACAAUGGAGGAACUGAAUGA